AUAGUUGAAGGUAAAUCACAUGUGCUAUGUCAGACACCAGACACGUUUUCAAUCAGAAGUGUCGGUGCUACAUAAUACAUAUCACAUAAUGGAUGCAGAUCCACAAAGAGAUUUAAACUUGAAAAACUGUAUCCACAACAGUGAUAAGGAAAAAAAAUGGAAAUCUCUAAAAACAAUGAAACUUCAGUGACAACAAAACAUGACUAUGAUAGAGCAAGUGAGCUCAAAGCAUUUGAUGAAACAAAAGAUGGUGUUAAAGGACUUGUUGAUGCUUCUGUCACAAAAAUUCCUCGCAUGUUCCAUCAUAAAUUCGAUAAGGAUUCAUCUUCAACUUCAAGCAACAUCACCAAACUUGAUGUUCCAUCUGUUGAUCUUGUUGAUAUUCAUCAAGAUCCAACAAGAAGGAAAAUAGUUGUUGAGAAAAUUAGAGAAGCAUCUGAGAAAUGGGGUUUCUUUCAAAUUGUUAAUCAUGGAAUUGAAGUGAGUGUUUUGGAUGAGAUGAAGAAUGGAGUGAUUAGAUUCUUUGAGCAAGAUUCUGAAGUGAAACGGGAACUAUACUCGUGUGAACAUUUGAGGCCUUUGGUUUAUAAUAGCAACUAUGAUCUUUAUAGUUCACCUGCUGCUUGUUGGAGGGAUACCUUUUAUUGUUUUAUGGCUCCGAAAUUUCCAAAACCAGAAGAUUUGCCAUCAGUAUGCAGAGAUAUAAUGCUGGAAUACACAAAACAAGUUAUGAAACUGGGAAAUGUAUUAUUUGAGUUAUUAUCAGAAGCACUUGGACUGAAUCCAAACUAUUUAGGUGAAAUGAGAUGCAAUGAGGGACUUGCAAUUGUUUGCCAUUACUAUCCUUCUUGUCCUGAACCAGAACUGACUUUGGGAUUAACCAAACAUACUGAUAAUGACUUUAUCACUGUCCUUCUACAAGAUCAUAUUGGUGGCCUCCAAGUUCUUCAUGAAAAUAGUUGGGUUGAUGUAUCACCUGUUCCUGGUGCUCUAGUCAUCAACAUUGGUGAUCUUCUACAGCUUAUAACAAAUGAUAGAUUCAAGAGUGUUGAACACAGAGUACUUGCAAAAGGAACUAAAAGGUUAUGAUAAUUCUGUACAGGUUAUGAUAAUUCAUCCUCAAAACUCUAUGGACCUAUAAAGGAACUAAAAGAAAAACAUAAAUCAUUUGAUUACGCUCAUAAAGAAAAACAGGGAAACAAAAACAAAAAAGAAAACAUAAAUCAUUCUCUAAGGAAGAAUGUUUCAGUCAAGUCGCUCAUAAGAAGAUCAACGGUGCCUUCAAGUGGAGAAGCAUGAAUUGAAAGAUCAACAUUUGAUUACGCUCCAAGCUUGGCUAAGAAAUCAGCACAUUGGUUAUCUUGUCUGAGGGUGUGGCUAAGAGUAACAAUACUUUGGGAAAGCAAAUCCUUUAUGUCUUGGAUCAACGCAAUAUAUACAUGAAACUUGACGGAGGGACAUUGAAUAAGGUUAUGCAGAGUAAUGAAUCCGAGUAGCAAACCAGCUCAUCAAUUGCCAAUUCUUUUCCUACACCAACUUUUUCCACUUGAGUGCCAAUUGAGAAAUAGUCUUUGUAGAGGACCCAUCUUCUUUGACUGCAUUAGAAGCAGCUUCUUUUAACUCCUUCAUAUUUUUGCGCAAAUUCUCGCCUUCUUCUCCUUCCAUGAGACACUUGAUCACCUUAGCAACCUCGACCCUUUCCACAAUGUCAUUUUCAUUAACUUUUGGCCUUAAUCCCACUUUCAUGCCUUCACUCAACAAAACCGCAUUCAUUUUCUGCUCAGCAAAUAGAGGCCAUGUGAUUAUUGGUACACCAUGCACCACACUCUCGAGGAUUGAAUUCCAGCCACAAUGAGUCAAGAACCCACCAAUUGAUCGGUGACUAAGGAUUUGAAUCUGGGGUGCCCAUGAUCGAAUCACAAAACCUUUCUCCUUGUUUCUCUCCAAAAACCCGGAAGGUAAAAAUUGCAAAGGGUCAAUAUCAUUUUGUGCCGAAAGAUAUGCAGCAUCGACUGAACUACUUGGUGCUCUUACUACCCAUAAGAACUUAUGAUUACUCAACUCCAAACCCAAAGCCAGCUCAACAAUUUGUUCCUCUGAAAGUGUACCCCCACUCCCAAAAGACACAUACAAAACUGAACAAGAUUGUUGUUUGUCCAACCAUGACAGACACUCCAACCCUUUAGCAUCAACAUAACUUGUUAUUGUUUGGAUGAUUGGUCCAACAGGAUAAACAGAAGGGUUGCCCUCAUUAAGUGCUUUUAUAGGACCCCUUUCCAUUUCUAAGAAGCUAUUAACAAGAAUACCAUCCGCAAUACGAUAAAGCUUAACUAUUUGAAGGAAAUGUUUGUAAUCUUGACUUGAUCUAUCUUGAAGAUGGGUAGAGAGAUCCCUCCCAUGAAGUGGUACACAACCUGGUAAUUUUAUAGGCUUUGGUAGAUCUUUGAACUCACAUAACGUUUCCUCAUCCAACUUAGGCAAAUAGAAGCUCAAAGACAGUGUAGUAGCUGAUACAGGGGAGUAUAUAUAGGAUAACAUAUUCAAUUCCUUAGCAAAGACUAGUGCUUUAACAGCUAAAGGAUCAACCACCAAGGCCACAAGGGGAGCCCUUAUAGAUAAGGAGUUCAAGGCCUGAUUUAAAUAAGGUAGAGAGUGAAGAAUUGUGAGUUGAAUGCUCUCUAUGACAGAACUCCCUUGUGGUAGGUCAUUGGGGUUCAAAGGUGGAAGAAAAGUGUAGUUGAUGUUUGAUGGAAGAGUUUGAAGGAUAGAUUUUGAGGCACUUGAGGGAGACCCAAGUGUGGGAAUGAAACAUGUGACAUGAAUGUCUGGAUGGAGUUGAACAAGUUGCUUGGAAAAAUGAAGAAUAGGCACUAAAUGGCUAUGCCCAACACCUGGAACAACUGCAAUGUGAACUGUUUUCUCCAUGGAAAUUUGUUGUUUAGUACAGCUUAUCUUGUUAAGUGCUUUUGUGUUUUGUGUA